AUGCUUUUCUUGUUAUCCCAUAUUAGGACGAUAUCACCAAAUAUGGUGGGACAGUUUUUGGCGCGAAAUCUGAUCACGUGGUUAAACAGCUUUGCGGCAUCGAAGCUUCUAUCAGUCGGAAAGUUUCUUAUCCUCGAUUUUGGUGAAAUUGUCGUCUUGAAAAUGGCUUUAGACAACGAACAAUACUUACGACAGCUUCAGAGAGAAUAUCUUGACUUUCUGGAUGACGAUGUAAGUGAAUUUUUGAAUUGCUUUCGAUGAAAUCGCACAUUGAGUUGAGUUGGCACAUGUACUUCGUACUUCCACAUUCUAGCUUUUGUCGAUGAGUACAUUUCAAGUAUUCAGCUGCUGCUUUUAAACUCGUUGAUAUCUUUCAGUCUUGUGGUCUUGUUCUUCAUACGUUAUUAGGUUUUGAAAACUUAGGAUUAGUUAACAGCUAUUUCAAGGACACUUACAUGUGUUCAGAUUCCCGGGAAAAUUGGAUUCGGUUCAUUGUAUUCUGCAUUUUUCACUGUACACUAAUUUGCAUUAAUUUGUACUUUAGCAUAUUUCGUUCCUGCAAACCGCGCUAAUAUGGUUACUUUGCCAUAUUAUUGUCCCCUGCUUCUACGUCACUUUUCGUUUGGGAAGUAUUAGAUUCGAACAACGGAAUCAGUGCGGUCAAAGUUUGUUUUGUUCACUGUCAUUAAUGCUCCAAAGAUCGACGCCAAUUCUCUGCUUUAAAAUAAUUUUGAAUGACUUUUUUGGUUGUUAUUGAAAAAAGAACUCUUUUAGUUGCUGCAGAAUUCGUUUAAUGAAGGUAUUUAAUUGUCUUUUUUAAUUUAAAUUGAUAUAUUUUUAUAUUUGUACAGGAGGAUCAGGGAAUUUAUCAUGGCAAAGUUCGUGAUAUGAUCGGCAAGAAUGAGUGCAGGCUAAUUGUAAAUAUAAAUGACUUGAGAAGGAAAAACGAAAAAAGAGCAAUAGAGUAAGUAUAUCUUGGGAUAUCUCUCAGACUUGCAACUGGCGGCUUGCUAUAUGGCAUUGGUUUCAGUGGGUUGUCUGAUGCUUGAGAAGCCAUCUUCAAUCUUGGACAAAUUUAGUUCCCCAUUCCAAGAAUACGAAAAUGGCAUAUUUAGCUUCCACAAGGCUUCAUCCUUCAUUUGAAGGGAAUGAUGUGUUUACUUCUCCACUUUAUCCUGUCCAAGAUUGCAAUCAUGGACAAAACAGGUGGAAAAAUUUAGAUCCCUCUUGACUGCAGUCUUGGAAAAAAGGGAUGGAAGAUUUAGACCUCCCUACCCCCAAAUCAACAAUGGAAAAAUGGCACAUUUUAGCCUUUGAAAGGUGUCAUCCUUGAUUUCAGGGAGGGGGUGGGGGUGGCAGGUUAGGGACUGAUUCCUUUUGUUAGACCCACGAUAAUCCACUUAACUUAAGCAGUCUUUAAGAAAUUAGUGUAUUUAAACUACCUUCUUAUUUUUUCAGAUUGCUAAACAAUUCUUUUGAGGAGUUGAUUGCAUUUCAGGUAUGUUUUUUCUUAAAGUUAUUGUCAUCCCAGAUAUCGCUUUUAGAAAAUGUAGUUCUCAAAAUAGUAUUCACUUGUUAGAUGGACUAUGAUCGAUGUUUGAUGGAAACAAAUUCUUGUUAAGACUACACUGUGCCUCAUUCUAACACAAAUUUUUUUUGGAAGUAUUGCUUUCUUACUUUAAUUAGUCAUUCAAAAAUAUUACUUAUUCAAUUUAAAAACUUUCUUUUCCUCAGAAUGCUUUAAAAGAGUUUGUUAGCUCUGCUGAUACAGCAUAUGGGAAGAAACAUGAAGAGUUCUUUGUUGGAUUUGAUGGAAGGUACCUGAGGCCUGAUAACAGAUUUUUAUUUUUUCACCCGAUGAAUUCUAAUGAAAAUAAAUUUAAAAAUUAAUGUAUAAUAUUCUCUUUUACUAGAUAAAUUUAACUCGGUGACUUUCUUUCCAUUCCUUUCUAGUUUUGGCUCAAAGCAUGUUACACCCAGGACACUCUCAGCUCAUUUUAUUGGAAACAUGGUCUGUGUGGAGGGCAUUGUAACUAAAUGUAAGUGAGCUUGUUAAUAACAUUCUCUCUGCCUGGAAUGUGCUCUCUGAUCUUAAAUAAAUUUCUUUUUUGUUAAUAUAUUUUGCUGUGAUUUGCAGGUUCUCUUGUGCGGCCCAAAGUUGUUCGUAGUGUUCACUACUGUCCACAAACGAAGAAAACACUGAUCCGUAGAUACACUGACCUGACGUCCCUUGAUGCUUUUCCAUCAAGCACAGUUUAUCCUACAAAGGUAUUUCAAAGUGUGCAUUUCUCUUCAAUACUGACCGAUGUUCUUUGUUACUACUUGUAAAUUUUUGGAUGUACAUAACUGAUGCAGAUGCUUAACUGUUGCCACCCUAAAGGAUGAAGAUGGUAAUCCACUGGAAACUGAAUAUGGUUUGUCAACUUACAAGGAUCACCAAACAUUUACAAUUCAGGUAAAAUAUUGGUCUCUUUGGUUUGCCCAAAUGGCUUCUUUGCUAGUUCAUUUUCUGCCGUAGCAUUCAACUCUUCUUUUUGCUUGCAGGAAAUGCCAGAAAAAGCCCCUGCAGGACAGCUGCCUCGUUCAGUAGACAUCAUUUCUGAUAAUGACCUGGUAGAUAAAUGCAAGGUGUGUAAUAUGAACUGCCAUUUGUUUUUAAAAAAAGAUCCAUCAUCUUUAUUAAGGUGUUAGAAAACUAUAGCCAGCCACAGGUGUUGCUCUGUUACUGGGGACUGAGAACAUAAUUCGUCACACUGAUAGACUGGUUUACUUUGAAAUAUCCAUCAUCACUCCCCCAAAAGAAGAGAGUCAGAUCUCAAGGUUAAAACUGUUUUAAAAACAGAAAUCACCAAGGUGGAAUGUCAAGAGGAUUCAUUCACCAGCAAGACCAUCCUUCAGACUCUCUGGUUUAAACAUGAUAAACAAUAAUAUGGUGUCUUUUUUAUUUUUCAUGAAGCCCGGUGACAGAGUGCAAGUGAUUGGAAUGUAUCGCUGCCUUCCUUCCAAGAGAUCUGGCUUUACACCAGGAACUUUCAGGUAAAUUAGUACCAUAGAAUCCCAAUUUCUUGAACCAUCAGUAUUCAUCACAAGGGGUAUAGAAUUGUAAAUUUGAGACUUUGCAAGACUGCAAAACCCUGGUUUCAAAAUUCAAGACCAAGACUUGAGCGUUUUAAUCAAAUCCAAGACUGAGACUUGUCUUCUAAAAAAUCCAAGCCCAAGUACCAAAAAUUUCAAGAUAAUGGUAGAAAUAAAGCUAAAUAAAAUGACUUAAAAUGUCAAAGGAAGCUUGUGGAAGCCCUGCAGAGGUCUCAUUCAAUGUAAUCUUCUACCCCCACUUUUCUUCCAAAAGCUGACAAUUUAAACCAAUUUCCUUUUCCCUUGCAAAAAUUGAGAUACCUCUUGGCAUUACUCAGGGUUCUACUUAAGUUUCAAAGUCAGAUAGCUAUGAUGUAAAAGUAGGCGGCUUGGUAACUGAGUGCUGUAGGCAAUGGGCGAUUGCAGAAAAUAUCCAUACCAUACCACGGACGGCUUUUAGGAUUUCCGAAGGGGAGGAGGGGUUCACGAUUAUGGAAUUCUGAGGGCAUGGGGGGUAUUUACGAUUGAAAAUCCGAAGGCAUGGGGGAAUUCCACAGGUGGGAUUUCUGGAGUAGAAAGUGUAGAGUGAGUUCCUUGAAAACGCUAUUGUUGUGGACUUUUGUAGUUUGUAAAUAAACCACGAACGUAAGACCGCGGAAGCAGAAGACAAGCAUCGAUAGAUCAGACACGUGUUUACGCUCAUAACUUAUAGAAGUGAACAGUAAAACGUGGGUUUCACAUUAACCUUGAUGAAUUUCUUGUCACAUGAAAAAAAAAACUGAAUAUGUCUCUUACUGCUUGCAAGUUUCUUGUUACUCCCGUCCGAUGAACAGUAAAAAAAUUCGCACCAGUCCCUGGCUUCCAAGGAACGCCUGUCAGAUUAGAACACUUUUCGUGCACACUACAUGAGUCAUAAAAGGACGCAACACGACUCGACGCCGUAUAUUUGACCGCCGAAAGAUUUUAACAGUCUGAAUUUGAGCUAUUUUCCUUUGUAAACGUCAAAACAGCACAAGGAAACAAAGAGGAGUAAAAUUGCCGUUAUUGGUGUUUAUUUUUAUAGCCAAAUUCGGACCUAAAAAGGAGUUAAACUCCUUUUUUGCACAGCCUGGCUACUAGCGGUAGGUUAGAGUAAAGCUUGUCGCCUGGCGCCACUAGAUCACAGCCUUGAGGAGGCAUAAAUUCCUGUUCGUUUGUUCAUAUAGGCGUUGCUAAGUCGAAAAUGUACUUCCAAAAAAACGGAAAUUCUGAAGGGGAGGGGGGGUUCACGAUUAUGGAAUUCUGAAGGCAUGGGGGGGUAACACAUUUUGGAAUUUCCAAAGGCAAGGGGGGGAUAAAACAUGGAAGCCGUCCGUGGUUUGGUAUGGAUAUUUUCUGGAAUUGCCCAAUUUCAGGCUUACACUCUCUCACUUUUCCCUUUUUUCCCAAAAAGUAGUUGCCGGUUUUUAGCUGGCUGCUGGCACUUAAUAAGAACCCUGAUAUUUACUUAAGGUUAAAUCAAAGAGACAAUGCAAUAAAUGUCUCCAUUUCUAUAGAACUGUUCUGAUUGCUAAUCACAUUCAAGUUAUGAGCAAGGAGAUUGCACCCCAUUUCUCUGCUAGUGAUGUCUCCAAUGUCAAGAAGUUUAGUCGCCGCAAGAAGGUAUUUGUUUUUAAUUUAACCUUCGUCCUUCCUCCUCAAAAUUUCCACCUAACCAUAAUACCAUCACUGGAUAUGUUGUGGUUCAAUUUUAUCCUUGAUUUAAAUUUGUGUUCGUUUGUUUCAAACUCAUUAUCAUAAAUUACCAUACCCAAAAGCAAAGGAAACUGAAAUUUAAACCAACUAUAAAACUGAGCCACAACAUAUACACUCAACUGCAAAAAUGUCCAAUGAAAUGCAUAAACCUUUCAAAAUGAGACCUAAUAGAAUAAUUUAUUAUUAUAAGUUUAUUUGUGUUGCAAAUAAAGAUUGCUCUUUUUUUAACUUACAAGCUAAGGGCUUUGUUUUUCUUGGCGACGGCUGCAUCUGAGUGUUCUGAUUUCUCAGAAAACUCUUUGCAGAGCAUGGAACAAAACAACAAGUUUUAUCAAUACUAUACCAAAAGAACUAAUGUAGCCGUACAGCCCAUAAAUGUGCAUUUUCAAAUUCAUUAAUAGUUCAUCACCUCCCAGGAAUCCUUCCAGUGUCACUCUGCAGAUCUGUCUUAUCUUACAUUGCCCUUCUAUUUCCAGCUGGAUGUAUUUGAAACCCUUGCCCAGUCAUUAGCACCAUCAAUCCAUGGUCAUGAAUACAUUAAAAGAGCAGUUCUAUGCCUUCUUUUGGGUGGAACAGAGAAAGUCUUGGAAAAUGGAACAAGACUGAGAGGGUAGGUUAAAAAAAGUAACAUCUAGAUAGUCUCUUUCAAACAAGACAUCUGAGUCUCAGAAAUCACAAUGUACCCACCAACCUCUCAUUGUAAACCUAAAAGCUGAAAACAAAAUGAUUGCGUUUAAAUGACUUAAAUUUACUGAAUUAGGAAGGCAUGAUUCAUUCUGCUCUCUAAGAUCUCAUCCUCUGUAGAUUUUUGUGACUGGUAAUGUGGAACUAAAGAAUUAAAAAGUCAGGGCUGUCACAAAGGGCCAGGGACAAGGGACCAGGGAUUUUCCCGGCUACUAUGAGCAACACCCUCAAGCUACUUCCCAAUACUGACCAACAUCAAUUUUCUCCUAACAAUAUCCAUACAAUUUCCAGAGAUUAGGUUAUGAGAAUUAAUAAAAUGAUCACCUGAGAAAAAACGCUUUGAUCUUAUAUCAAAUUCUCUCCACUCAUUUUUAAGAAAAUGUAUAGAGAUCAGUUUGGAGAAUUUGCAUGUGGUAUAUUGGGGCUUAAAGGGAUAAAGAACUUCCACACGGCUUAAUUCCUUUCCUGCUGUAAAUGCAAUUUUUUAUUAUUGCAUUUACCAGGGAACUUGAAAUCUUAGUGACAGCCUUGACAUGCAGUUGAUAGUUUUAACUACAAAUUAUUUGUGUGUUACUUUAUUUUUCAGUGACAUAAAUGUUCUUUUGAUUGGUGAUCCGUCUACUGCCAAGUCUCAGAUGCUGAGGUAAGAGAGGGUUAGGGUCAUGGAAAUGAAAGUGUGUACUACAUUGCAGGUGGGCAAGUAGAACACAAAUUAUUUUUAUCAACUUUAUAGUUUUUAUGAAUUAAAUUUGCCAUGUGGGCAGAUUCAAAAGCUGAGGUUUUCUCAGAUCAAAUCAAGGAUUGUUGGUUGUGCAUCAUUUGUAUAUAUGCAGCAGAGAAGUAAUGCUAUACUAUGGGUGGGGAACGUGCUAAUAUAAUAAUAUUUUGUUUUAAGUUUUAUCUUAUUUUAAAUCAGUAACCCUAACCCCUUCGAUUUUAGGUAUGUCCUACACUCUGCUCCUCGUGCCAUUCCAACAACUGGGCGUGGCUCAUCAGGAGUCGGCUUGACAGCUGCGGUGACCACAGAUCCAGAGACAGGUUAUCACAUCUUGUUUUUGUCUUUUGCAGUUAUACACUUUUAAUUUUGUUUUAACUCUAUACAUCCCAAACACAACGUGCGUGGGGGGACUUGGAGAGAACUUGAAUUCUAGUUUGUCCUUGGGCUUGAGGCAAGCCAUUCUCACAUUUUCCUUUUCCAGGUUCAUUGAAUGUGUGUUGUAGUUUUAUGAUUUAGUUAAAAGGUGACUUGCCUGGUCUUUGUCCUUUGGGGAAAGGAUCCUAAAAAGUUACUUGCCUGCCAGGAAGGUCUAUUUCUCCCAGAACACCUCGCUUUUUUCAUUCCCUGAAUAUCUAAACAUUAAGAAAAUAAGAACCUAAAAAUACAACUCCAGUAGCACAUACAGCAGAAUGUAGUUGGGUCCCCUCCCUGAUCACAAGGUCUGGAUAAUUGUCCCCCCCCCCCCCCUUAUCACAAUUUAGAACUUUUACUGAACUUUUUUACUCAUUUUUCCUUAUUACUGUCUUUGACAGGUGAGCGUCGCCUGGAAGCAGGAGCCAUGGUGCUUGCUGAUAGGGGUGUUGUCUGUAUUGAUGAGUUUGACAAGGUACCAAGACUUGUAGAUAAUUUUUAGUCACCAUAAUUUUUGCUUGCUUUGAAAAAUGUCUGAAGUAUACUCUAUCCUUAACAAUACAAAAAUAAAUGAAUUUAAUGGUGUUGCUGAGCCAAGGAUGAUAUUACAAGUUACAGUGGAACCCUGCCUUACAGCCACCGUGUUAUUACGGCCACUUUUUUGGCUGCCUGGCAAAAACCGCCAUACAUUUUCUUGUAAAAAAACCCCUUGUUAAUACAGCCACCGUGUUAAUACGGCCAAUGUUUUUUGGCCCAUUGGUGGCCGUAUUAAUGGGGUUCCACUGUACUUAGUACAGUAUAGUACUUUUUAAGGCACAAUAGGCAGUUUGAUGUUCUGACAUGAUGUUUUGUUGUAGGCAGGAUGUUGAUUCUGUGAA